CCCGCGCCGCUUCCGCUGCCUCUUCCGGCGCCGCUUCCGGGGGAUGCGGGACCUGGGGGACGUAGCUCUGCUGCUGGUGGCGGUGCGAGCGGCGCUGGCGGCGCUGGUGGUCUCCUUCCCCCGCGAGGGCCGGGCGCCUCCGGUGAGGGACCCUGGCGAGUGGGGGCCCCAUGUCUGCCCUUCCGGCCGAGAGGGACUCGGCUCCGCCGGGAGGAAAGCGGAGGCCUCGCGGUAUGCUGAAGCUCUACUACGGACUCCAGCCGCAGGAAGAGGGGCAGCAGGAGAUGGCGGCGGCGGCGGAGGGCCAGGGCCAGCUCCCCACAGACAUCAACGGGCCCCACUUCGACCCGGAAGCCUUCCUGACCAAGCUGCGGAAGGAGUGCCCCUUGGCCCAGCUGAUGGACUGCGAGACGGACAUGGUGAGGCAGAUCCGGGCCUUGGACAGCGACAUGCAGACCCUGGUCUAUGAGAACUACAACAAGUUCAUCUCGGCCACAGACACGAUCCGCAAGAUGAAGAACGACUUCAAGAAGAUGGAGGACGAGAUGGACUGCCUGGCGGCCAACAUGGCCGUCAUCACCGAGUUCAGCGCCAGCAUCAGCAGCACCUUGCAGGACCAGCACCAGCAGAUCACCAAGCUCUCCGGAGUCCACGCCCUCCUUCGCAAGCUGCAGUUCCUCUUUGAGCUCCCGGCCCGGCUGACCAAAUGCGUGGAGCUGGAGGCUUAUGGGCAGGCUGUCCGGUACUACAGCAAAGCCCGCUCCAUCCUCCACCAGUACCAGCACAUGCCCUCCUUCCGGGGCAUCCAGGAUGACUGCCAGAAGAUCAUGGCCGACCUGGCGCAGAAGCUGCGCGAGAAAUUCAGGGAUGGUGGUUCCGGUGCCAAGGACUUAGCCGAAUGUGUGGAGUUGCUCUUGCAGUUGGGCGAACCGGCGGAGGAGCUGUGUGACGAGUUUCUCUCUCACGCCCGCUGCCGCCUGGAGGCCGAGCUGCAAGCCUUGGAGGCUGAGUUGGGGGGCGAGGGGCAAGCCCUGGGCACGGCCGCACCAGCCACCGAUAUCCUGGAGUUCACCGACCGGGGCUGCAACAGCUUUGUCAGCAACAUGUGCCUGGUGAUCGCCUCCUACCAGGAGCUCUUUGUCAACCGGGCGGGAGGGGAAGACAUCGCCCGCAUGGCCCACGACAAGCUGGUGGCCUUUGUGGACGACUUGAUGGAGCGUUACUUUGUCCUGGUGGAGAGGCGCAUCCAACUGGAGAAAGGGGUAGGUGACAACUCCUUGCUGGUCCGGGCGCUGGACCGCUUCCACCGACGCUUGCAGGCCUUGGCCAAAUUGGUGCCGGCAUCCCGGGCGGCCUCCGAGGGCACAGAGAUCGUGGUGCGGGCGGCCAAGGAGCGCAUCCGCCAGUACCUCCAGGCCCUGCAGAGCUUCUACAUGGACUGCCUGACGGACGUGCGCCAGUCGCUGGCCACCCCUCGCCUGGUGGGCAAGGACAGCCCCAGCCUGGCCGAACUGCUGGCCACCAUCUCGGCUUCCAUUCUCAACCAGAUCAAGUCGGUCCUCACCUAUGUCCACCUCUUCACCGCUAAGGAUAUCACUUUCUCCAACAAACCCUAUUUCAAGGGUGAAUUCUGCAGCCAAGGCGUCCGCGAAGGCCUCGUCGUCAGCUUCAUCAAAUCGAUCUGCCAGACGGCACGCAACUUCUGCGAGAGCACAGGCGACAAGGGAGGCGCCACGCCGCCAGCGCUGCUCCUGCUCCUCUCCCGCCUUUGCCUGGACUAUGAGACCUCCACCAUCAGCUACAUCCUGACUCUGACCGACGAGCAGUUCCUGGUCCAGGACCACUCCCCGGUGACCCCUGUCACGGGGCUCUGUGCCGAGGCCCGGGAAGCCGCCCAGAAGCUACUGAACCAUUAUGUGAAGGUGCAGGGAUUGAUCAUCUCUCAGAUGCUGCGCAAGAGCGUGGAGACGCGGGACUGGAUCACCACCAUCGAACCACGCAACGUCCGGGCCGUCAUGAAGCGCGUGGUGGAGGACGCCACCUCUAUCGAUGUCCAGGUUGGGCUCCUGUAUGAAGAAGGCGUGCGGAAAGCCCAGAGCAGCGACUCCAGCAAAAGGACCUUUUCCGUUUACAGCAGUUCCCGGCAGCAGAGCCGCUAUGCCCCCAGCUACACACCCAGUGCCCCCAUGGAUACCAACCUGCUGAGCAAUAUCCAGAAGCUUUUCUCGGAGCGCAUCGAUAUAUUCAGUCCUGUGGAGUUCAACAAGGUCUCUGUCCUGACCGGCAUCAUCAAGAUCAGCCUGAAGACCUUCCUGGAGUGCGUCCGCCUGCGCACUUUCGGGCGUUUCGGCCUCCAGCAGAUCCAGGUGGACUGUUACUACCUCCAGCUCUACCUGUGGCGCUUCGUUUCGGACGAGAACCUGGUGCAUUUCUUGUUGGAUGAGAUUGUGGGCAGCACGGCCCACCGGUGCCUUGACCCAGUGCCCAUGGAGCAGAGCGUCAUUGAGGUCAUCUGCGAACGCGGAUAGGGCAGCGAGAAGGCAGGGCCAGCUGUGGGACAAUGCAGGAGGACUUACACUUCCUUUGCUUCUGCAGACCCACUGGGCACCUUGGAGAAAAGCAGAGAGGGCUGGUGGAAACCGUUUCUGACUGGGAGUCUCCAAAUUUAGCAGUACUGUAUCAUAAAUAAAGGAUAAUUUAACCUGC